AUGUCUUCUAUCGCUGUUUUCGGUCUUGGUGGCUUCCUCGGUAACCCUGUGUUGGAGUCCUUGCAACAGGCUCCUUUCGCAGACAAGGUCAAGUUCCCUAUUUUGGCUGUCACAAGAGAUACUUCAAACUACACGAGCACUGACAAGGUCAAGUACAUUGAGGGAGAUGUCGUUAAUGAUCGAGAUGCAGUUAUCAAAGAAUUGCAAGGUGUCGACGUCAUUGUCGAGUUGGUGGGCCCUGACCCUUCUGUUUUCGCAGCCACUGAGAAGGUCGCUGCUGCUGUGAAGCCCAAGCUUUACAUCCCAUCCCAAUUCGGUGUGGAUAUUGCCCAGUCUCAGUCAACUUUGCCUGGCUUUUUGGGGCUUAAGACUGACCAUUCUACAAAACUUAGAGACGCCGGUCUCAAGGUGGUGGAUAUUGUCACAGGUCUCUUUGGCGACAAGGACUCCUUCGUUACACACACCUCUGCCAUUGUUGGUGUGGAUGAAAGCGCCAAAAAGGUCACUUACUUGGGCUCUCCGAAGAACCACUUCUCUUACACCAUUCUCUCUGAUAUCGGUAAGACCGUGGCUGCUGCUGCUGUAUCGCCUAACCCAAGUGAGCUCCCAGACUUGUUGAGGGUCAACUCAGGCACGAUUUCUCAAGAGGAGCUUGUUGCCAAGUUCGAGGCUGCCAAGUCUGUCAAGUUGGGCGUCAAGGAGGUUUCUGCUGAGGAAGCUUUGGCCGAAGCCAAGAAGGUUUGGGCGGAAGGUUUCAAUGGAAACAAAUUCCUCUAUUAUUUACAGGUGCUUAUCUCUCAGGGCAAGGAGAAGGGCCUUUGGUUCGGCGAUAACGACAAUGACGUUGUCAACCCGAGCGGCUCUGCCUGGAAAUGGACUACAGUUUGA